AUGACCGACCUGUCGACCACGUCUCCCGCCUCGCUUCCCUACCACGAGCCGUCGAUGCCCGCCAUCCUCGUGCAGACAUCCUUCUUGCUGCUCCUCCACGUCGCCGACUGGGCGCUCGACCGCCUGAUCUACUGCGGCCUCGUCGGCCAGAUCUUCGUGGGCAUCGCCUGGGGCACGCCCGGCGCCAAGCUGCUGUCCACCGAGGCCGAGGACACGUUUGUGCAGCUGGGCUACCUGGGCCUGCUGCUCAUCGUCUUCGAGGGCGGCCUGUCGACGUCGCUGCCCGCCAUGCGCGCCAACCUCUUCCGGUCCGCCAGCGUCGCCGCCACGGGCAUCGCCGCCCCGAUUGCGCUCUCGUUUGUGCUGGCCCCGAUGACGGGCGCGACGUACCUGGCCUGCUUUGCGGCCGGCGCCGCGCUGUGCUCGACCAGCCUGGGCACGACGUUUACCGUCAUCCGCGCCUGCGGGCUCGGCCCCACGCGCCUCGGCGUUGUCCUGACCAGCGCCGCCAUGCUCGACGACGUGGUCGGCCUGGUCAUGGUGCAGGUGAUUGCCAAUCUGGGGUCGGGCGGCGGCGACAACGGGCUGUCGGCCCUCACCGUCGUGCGCCCCAUCCUCGUGUCGAUUGCCUUUGCCACCGUGUCCAUUGCGGCGUGCUGGUGGCUGGCGCCCCGUCUGCGAUAUGCCCUCCGGCGCACGCUGCCCGCACAGCGCUGGGCCCAGCCGGGCACGCUCGUGGGCCGUGUGCUCGGCGCCAAGGCCACCAAGCUCGUCGUCGCCACGGCCUUCUUCGUCGGCCUGGCCACGGCCGCCACCUACGCCGGCACGUCCAACCUGUUUGCCGCCUACAUUGCCGGCGCCGUGCUGGGAUGGUGGGAUUCGUUGGAGGUGGCGGGCGAGGGCGAAGGAGAGGGCGCGGUGACGGCCGACACGCCCCGUGUGACCACGGCCGCCCUCUUCGACGAGUACUUCCACCCGGCCCUGCGCUGGAUCCUGCAGCCCUAUUUCUUUGCGUCCGUCGGCUUCUCCAUCCCCAUCCGCCACAUGUUUGCGGGCUCCAUUGUGUGGAAGGGCCUUGUCUACGGCGUGCUGAUGGGCCUCGCCAAGUUGAUCUGUGGCGUGUGGCUGGUGCGCAUGCCGCAGGGCCUGCGUCUGCCCGGCGUGCCUGUGCCGCGCAGUGUGCAGCGUCUGUGGUCGACGCUGAAGCGGAGGCAGGCGGUGAAGAAGGAGACGGAGACUGAGCCGGAGAAGGUGACGGCGAACGGCAAGGCGAACGGCAAGGCGACAAAGACCGUAGCGGCCCCCGGGGCCUUGCCGACGCCGGCGACGGCAGCAACACCAGACACACCAGAGAACAAAGGCAAUGGGCCUGCUGCGGCGAGCGGCGUCGAUGCCGACAUGACCGAUGCUGACACGGCCGCGUCCUCCCAGCCGUCCGAGGCACUGUCGCGAUGCCCAUCGCCCCCGCGCGGCGCAGAGUCAGAGACAGAGACAGACGCAGUUCGCACCCGCGCCGCCACCUCCCCACAUGCCACGCCCGCCGCGCCAACGCCCUACUCCCUCUACCCGGCCGCCAUUUUGGGCCUGGCCAUGGUCCCGCGCGGCGAGAUUGGCUUCUUGAUUUCGUCGGUAGCGUCCACCAACGGCAUCUUUACAACCAAUGCGGACAGACAGGCACCGUCGUCGUCUUCCUCCUCUUCCUCCUCCUCCUCCUCCUCUCGCCAGUCCGACAUCUUUCUCAUCGUCACAUGGGCCAUUGUGCUGUGCACCGUCUUUGGGCCACUGUCCGUCGGUCUGCUAGUCCGCCGCGUGAAGCGGCUGUCUGAGCGCCAGGACAAUACAGCAAGGAGCCCGCUGGGCGUAUGGGGAGUUCAAUAG